AAUAAUUAAUUUUAUUAAUGAUUAAAAAAUAAUUUUUAAAAAAGGGUGAAAUUUUAUGAUCGCGAGUAUGCUACAUAUUUUUUGUUUUAUAUAUUCUUACAAACAUGUAUAAAAUUGAAUAAUUUUCUAUAAACACAUUUAAAUCAUAUAAUUAAAAAUCAAUUUUAAUCAUGUCGGUCGGAAUCAAAACUAAAAGCGUUUCAGUCGAAGAUUUAGGAAGCAUCGUAAAGCAAAUGAUCAAUGGAGCACUUGAAAAUACUGCCCAAAUUGCCAAACUACAUCAGGUUGUUUAUGAAGAAUGGUACUUCAAAAAAAUGGCUGAAUUAAGAAAUUCAAAAUUAGGAAAAACAACAGAGAAACCUAUUGAAGAUACGGAAAAGAAUACACCUCCAUCAGUUAUAUUAAGGAACGAAUCUACUUUAAAACAUGUACUUAAUUUGCCAUCAUCCAAAAUUACAAUUAAUAAUUAUAUGCAAAAAAAUGAAGAAUUGCAGAACAAAUCAAGCAGAGAACACAAGACAAAACUAUACUUUACAGAUAAAUCAAAAAGUGAUUCCAUGCUAACAAAUUUGGCAAAGCAUAAAAAUACUAAUUUAGAAACUAGUGCACAAACUCAUUCAUUAACUUCUAAUAAUAUUAACGGAUUUUAUAAAUUCAAUUCUCAAAUUCCAAUUAUUGAAAUAAAACCUGAAAAUGAUGCUACUGAACAUCAAAAUAUUGUUCUGUCUAAUGACACAAAAGUUAGAAAAAAUACGGAAAAAGCAAUGAACAAGAACACGAAAUAUGAUCUAAUUCAAAUCAAUCAUAAAUCCGAAGAUAUAAAAAUGAAACGAGAAGAUAAAAAUGGGACAGCAUUCGAGAAUUGGAAAAAACAAAAAAAUAUUAAAUAUAAACAGAUGAUCAAACAAGAACAGAAGGAGAAACAACAACAAUUGCAAGCUAAACUAGCUGAGAUGGAAUCAAGAAAAAUUGCUCAGACGUAUAUUCGUAUGAAGAAACAACAGAAAACACAAGAGAGAAGAAAAUUAUCUAAGGAAUUACGAAUUAUUGAACAAACUAAUCUUAAAUCGUAUCAAAAACAAAUGGAAAUGAAACGUAUUAUAAAUGAUAAGGUUUUUAAAGAAUGGAAAAAACGAAAAGAUAUCAAACUGAAAGAGCAAAAAAUAGUAAAUCGACGAUAUAGUAAUUAUUAUUACCAAUUACAACAAAAACAACAACAGCAGCUGCAGUCACAACAAGAACAAGAUCUAUCCGAACAUACGAAUGCUUUGCAUGGCAUUGAUACAAAAUUUAAUUCUUGGCUGAACCGAUUAGAUUGGGUUUUACACGAAAAAUAUUUACGUGAAAGACGUUAUCUCGUACGUUCUUUUUAUUGUCAACCGGCUUAUUAUGGUAAUGCAGCUGACAUUGCAUAUAAUAAAUUUUCAUAA